AUGCUCGUCGUGACGGUGUACGCACUUUUCGGAGACGACAUUCGGCUGUCCCUUUUCUCGCAGCCUGCAGACAACGGCUUCUUCACUCUGGCCACCAUUUGCCUCGUGUUGUUCUCGUUCGAGUUCAUCGCGUCGUGCUACGCGAAACCGGGCUACAUCCUGAGUUUUUACUUCAUGUUGGACCUCAUCGCCACGUUCUCUGUCCUGCCUGAUAUCGGGUGGAUUUGGAACCAAAUCAUCGGCACCAACACCAGUUCUUCGGCUAUCAAGGCCAGUAAGGCCACCAAGGCGGGCAGUAAAGCAGGACGAAUCGUGCGCGUUGUGCGAGCUGUUCGACUCUUUCGAGUAGUCAAGAUUCUGAAAUGGAAAAACAGCUCAAAAGAACCGACGGAACAGCUACAAGAGAGCAAAGUUGGUAGUAAAAUGGGCGAAGUGACGGUGCAGCGUGUGGUGAUCCUGGUGCUCUUUCUCAUCAUGCUUCUCCCCGUCUUUGACGGAGGUUACACCCAGGUGGAAUAUCGGUACCAAGAUUAUGGUCUACGCAUCAUCCACAUGCUGGUAUCUUCGGGUAUGACCAAGGGUAGCGUCGCCAACUCCACGGAGUACGAGCGUCUUCUCUUUGGCUACGUCCGAGACGCUGGCAUGCUCAUCUACAUUCAAAUGACCAACGUUACCACUGGUGUGCUUAUGGCGGAUAUUGCAGCUCUGCGGUUCCAAGAUUCACCUGGUGCUCCGCACAACUUGACUGUGAAUCCGUCCAAUGGCUGGUCGGCGUCCAACUUGCUCCCCACGUACUCUGAUGUGACGGAUAAGUACCGAGACGUCGAGGUUAAUAUCGUGAAAACCUAUGGAUGUUUCAACAAAGACUUCAUCGUGCUCGACUCCGCCGACACGUCGAGUGCCUGUGUGACUAUCGCCAUCUUCGACACUGCGUCGUCAAGCUCGUCGUCUGCCUCCUACAACAUUCUCAAGACGUUCUUCAUCAUCAUCGUGCUGGUUGCUGCAUCCACGUCUUUCAUUCGAACCUCCCGCAUCCUCGUGCUCGACCCCAUCGAACGUAUGAUGGACGUCGUCAAGAAACUUGCAGAUAACCCACUCGCAAGCGUGCAAACAUCGGGCAACGAUGCUCAGAUCCGUAAAAACGCCAAGGAGCAAGGCUUCGAGACGGCGUUACUAGAGCUCACAUUGUCAAAAGUCGGUCGACUUAUGCAGGUGGGUUUUGGUGCUGCGGGUGCAGAUAUCAUUGGUAAAAACAUGGGUUCCGGGGACCUGGACCCCAUGCUACCUGGUAAGAAGAUCACUGCUAUCUACGGGUUCUGCGAUAUCCGUCAGUUCACCGACACGACCGAGUGUCUGCAAGAAGAAGUCAUGGUGUAUGUGAACAAGUUGGGCGAUAUCAUGCACACUGGCACUCACCACUACUACGGUAUGGCGAACAAGAAUGUCGGUGAUGCCUUCUUGCUGUCCUGGAAAAUUUGUGACGGUGAGUUGGCUUGCUUUUCGCGGUUCACGGAUACGCCGACCGAAGAAGAUCGCAUCCAGGUAAACCAGUCGAUUACGUGCCCCCCGAACGCUGGUGCAGGCACGAAACCACGUCGUGUCACGCCUACCGAGAUGGCAGACAGCGCACUGACAGCGUUCAUCAAGUGCAUGAUCGAUCUGGACAAUGCCAACACGGAUGGACCGCUGACUGAGUAUCUGACCAAAGAUGCGGUGGUCAAGCGCUUCGGACCUGCGUUCCGCAUUAAAAUGGGCUUCGGAAUGCAUGUGGGGUGGGCAGUCGAAGGCGCCAUCGGCUCGCGGUAUAAGAUCGACGCCACGUACAUUUCUCCACACGUCGAAAUGGCCGAUCGAUUGGAGGCCGGAUCCAAGAUGUUCAUGACUCCCAUCAACAUUUCUCAUUGGCUUGCAGCGCUGAUCUCACCUGCAGCUCGCCGGUUCUUACGUAAAAUGGACCGCAUGAGUAUCCGAGGUGUCGACACUCCUCUCACCGUCUACACGUUCGAUGUCACUGUCAUGAAAAUCGGGUUUGGCACUCCAAAGAUUGACCCGGCAACGGGACUUCAAACCCCCGUGGACUUUGAAAAUGAUCCGGAGUAUCUGGAAAUCCGCGAAGGUCUAGAACCAGCUUUCCUUGAAGCGGCAGGCAGUGCAGUGGAGGCGUAUUUGAGCGGAGAUUGGCCGAAAGCACGUCACUAUCUAACUCAUGCUCAACAGAUCCGACCUCAGGACGGUCCUUGCAAAUACCUGAUGGGGGUGCUCAAGGCAAACAACUUUGAAGCACCUCGAGACUGGAAGGGAUACAGCUACGUCGCCGGAUAUUGA